AUGUUCUCCGUCUCCGCCCUCCACCUCGCACACCUGCACACCUCAUCUCCAGAUCAACACCUCCUCAGUCAGAGAUUCCAACAAAUAGCUACAUACCACCACACGAAAUCCCUCGCUAUGUUCAGAAAAGAACUACAGAAUCUGAAUGAGGAGAACGCAGCUGCUUGUGCAGCCUGCUCGUCAUUUCUAAGUAUCAUCCCAUGGAUAAUGCCCGGGGCAAAAGGAGAAAACAUCUUCUUCCCUACGGCAUUACCACCUUCUAGUCCACCAAAUACCUCCUCAAACACAUCGGAUUUUUCACCCAUGCCCAACUCAUUCUCACCAAACGCCGAAAACGAAAACCGCACCAUCGUCCCGUGGUAUAAACUCCACCGCGGGGGACAUCAAAUAGUGGCGCUGACAUACAACUGGAUAGCACGCGGCUCCAACAGCGAACUCGUGGAUAUCAUCUCGCCGUGGAAACCGACACAGACGAGUAUGGAUCCAGUGACGAGAGUAAUGAAGAUUCAUCUGGGGCCUGCUCCGAAUGCCGCUUCAUCGAUAUCGAAAUCGAUACCGCACCACGCAUCACAUCCAAUCUCUCACGACCAGGGCGGGAACCAAAUUCGUGACGGAGAGAUUGAUUCUGGAUUUGGUUUUGGUGUUGAUUUCCUGGAAGAAGAAAUAGAAGAUGAUAGACAGACACCGAUAUCAGACUCAGAGCGCCUCACUCGUUUGGCUGAAUGCUGGGCACUUCCAAUACCAAACACUCCACAUCCCACACUAUCACAAACAGAUAUCACCGCCCUGAACGAAACGCUCGCCACCCUCCGCUACGCCUUCUCCAUCGUAUCGCCAGCACCCUCCCCUUCAUCCUCCUGCUCAUACCCACCCACAAACUCCCCACCCCCCUCAUCCCCCUCACCCUCACCCUCACCCAUCGCCAAACAAGUACCGAAAUUCUCCAUCUCCCCCACAAUCGCCACCCUCUCCUGGCCAACCAUGCUCCCCGCCCACUUCUGCAGCAUGCUAGAAUCCCGCGCCCCCGAAGCACUAGUGCUAGUAGCCGUUUAUUGCGUGUUAUUGAAGCGAACGGGGGAUACUGGGGGGUUGUUUUUUAUUACUGGGAAGGGAGAGAGUUUGGUGCGGAGGGUAGGGGGGGAGAUGGGUAUGCUGAGGAGGAGGAUGGGGAGUGGAGGAGGGGGUUCAAGGGUUGAUGGAGGGGGUGGGAUAGUUGGGGGGAAAGAGAGAGAAUGGGGAGUGGAGAGGGAAGGCGAAAAGGAGACUUGGGAGAGAGGCGGGUGGGAGGAAUGGGUUAGAAGGGAGAUGGGGGUUGAUUUUCGAUAGGGACUGCAGGGUUGUGAAGAUAAAUGAAAACAGGAGGAGACGAGACGAGAGAAGUAUGAUCGAAUGAAUGGGAAAGUAUUCAAGUACAGAGAAUUUAGCGAGAGGUGUUUUGUUGCUGAAGAUGUAAGUGAUGUGAUGCAGUACAUCUGGAUGUUGACAGUGGUGAAGGAGUUAAAAGUCUGCUGUAGGUGUGGAGCAAUGAUCAAAUGAGAUAACUUCUAUUGCACAGUAUUGGAAAAUGGCAAAAUAUGAUC